AUGCUGAGCGCCACCCUCUCCAAUCUGCCGUGCGAGCCCAUCCAUCUCCCAAAACGUGGUAUUUUCGGCACCAUCCCGGCCAAUGGCUUCGUGCAGUAUGCCACCACGCUCGCCGUCGACCGCGAGCGCCUCACACGAUCGGAGGGCACUUUUGCACAGCAGCGGGUGACCACGUCGUCGUCGGCGGCCUCCACCACGCACUCGAUUUUCGUCAAUGCCUCUGCACGCUUCCAAACUGUCACGGGCUUUGGCGCCGCCUUCACCGACGCCGCGGUCCUCGGCUUCCACGCGCUGACGCCCGGAGCGCAGGCCAACCUCCUCCGCAGCUAUUGGGGCGAGGGCGGCCUCCAGUACUCCCUCGGCCGCGUGCCCAUUGGCGGCACCGACUUCUCCACCUCCGUGUACAGCUAUGACGACAGCAUCGACGACGACCUCAACCUGACACGCUUCUCGAUCGACGUCGACGAGCGGUCCGGCAAGCUGCCACUCGUGCGCGCGGCGCUGGCGCGCAGCAAGAGCAGCAGCAGCAGCAGCAGCAGCAAUGGCAGCCGCAAUAGCAAUGACGGCAGUGUGAUGCGCCUCUUCGCGUCGUGCUGGGGCCCACCAGCUUGGAUGACGACGCGGAACAGCACGCUCAACGCGACGCUGCGCGAUCGGCCGGGCGCGCGCGCCCUCGGCCGUGCUCAAUCCGACCCGCCCCUACGAGAGUGGGACGUGGAGGGUGCUCCGACACCUCCAGGGCAGCCGGGUGCGGCGCGCUCGGGUGUCCCUCCCGCGCCGGCCGACGCGCUGCACGCUCUUGUCGCGCUGCAGUGUGCCGCGGGCAACUGGAGGACGGCACGCCGCGCGCUGAAGGAGGCGGCGGCGGAGGGGAUAGCGGCGAGGGAGGCGUCCUGGCGCGCCGUCCUCCACGCGUGCGCGCGGUGCGGCGCCGCAUCGGCCGCCGAGGAGAUCUUUCACGCGCUUCCGCGCCGCUCCGUCGCCGACUUCAACGCGAUGCUCAACUUGUACGCCCGGCCGCUGGGCGCUGGUGGUGGUGGUGGUGGUGGUGGUGGUGGUGGAGCAGGAUUGGGAGGCGGAGGGGGUGACGGCGGCGCCGGCGGGAGCGGCAUCAGCGGCGUGGCGGGCUCGCUCUUGCUCACUCCUGAGGAGGGGGCGGAGGAGGUGGGAGUAGGUGCGGGAGAGGCGGUGGCAGCGGUGGAGGCGGUGGAGGCGGGGUCGGCGGCGGAGUCGGCGGCGGUGGAGGCGGGGUUGGCGGCGGAGUCGGCGGCGGUGUCGGCGGCGGGAGCAAAGAUGGACACAGAGGCGGGCGUAGAGGCUGGCGCAGAGGCUGGCGCAGAGGCGGGCGCAGAGGCUGGCGCAGAGGCGGGCGCAGAGGCUGGCGCAGAGGCUGGCGCAGAGGCGGGCGCAGAGGCUGGCGCAGAGGCUGGCGCAGAGGCUGGCGCAGAGGCGGGCGCAGAGGCUGGCGCAGAGGCUGGCGCAGAGGCGGGCGCAGAGGCUGACGGCCGACUCAGAAGCGGCGCGGCGCUGCAGGAGUACCUGCGGCUGCUGCGGGCGGCGGAGGAGAGGCAGGGCGGCGACGAGAGGGGCGGCGACGGGAGGGGCGGCGUUGGGAGCCGCGGCGAGGGCGAGGCGGCGGCGGCGGCGGGCGGUGGAGGGGCGGCGGCGGGUAGUCGCGUCAAGGCGACGCUAGCCCGGGAGGGGUGGGGGAGGGGGGGGGGGGGCGUGCUGUGUAGAGCGCGGCCUUCACCGCCGGUGGCUGUGGCUCUCUGA